CUCGGCGGCAACUAUUUAUAUCUUUUGUCUGAACCCUGUUUUGGCAGGACCCAUCGAUCCAUUUCCCCCGCCGUAUACCCAUAUCUUUUCCGACAUCACUGUUCCAAGAACACCACCACCAAACACGCAAGCUCCAUAAUAAAUAUCAGCAGGACAACCGUUUUAUUUUAAAAAUCCAGAUGGAGACCAUAAGAAACCAACACGUAUACAUAAACAACGACAAGAAUAAUAACCACGCUGGGGGCGCGGGCGGCGGCCAAGGACACAAGAAACGGCACAUACAGUCAAACCUCUCGCUGACUGUGCGCCGAAUAUUAAUUUCUUUUUUUAACUCCUCACUCUAUAAAACCAAACCAAAAUCUCUGUUCAUUUCAUCAUCAUCGUCAUCCAUCAGAAAAUUCAGAUAAAAUCUCUAAUAAAAAUGGCACCAAGAUCAGAGAAAAAUGAUACAGUUAGUAAAACCACAGAGAUCGUUAAGGAAAUACAUUACAGAGGAGUAAGGAAGAGGCCGUGGGGGAGAUAUGCAGCAGAAAUAAGAGAUCCUGGGAAGAAGAGUAGAGUUUGGUUGGGUACUUUUGAUACAGCUGAAGAAGCUGCUAAAGCUUAUGAUACUGCUGCUAGAGAAUUUCGUGGAUCUAAAGCUAAAACUAAUUUCCCUCCUCCUAAUCUUUUGAUUUCUUCUGAUGUUGUUGAUAUUAGAAAACUGAAUGAUCAGAAUCAAAAUCCUAAUUUUAGUAAUGAGCAGCAGCAGAGUAGUCCGUGUAGUACUGUUGAAUCAUCAUCAAGUCCUGAGGAUCAUCAUCAUCGUCGUCCAUAUUUGAGCAGGAGGCAGGAUCUUGAUUUGAUUCAUCGUGUUGGUGUUUCUGCUGGUUUUAUGAGAUUUCCGUUUUAUAAUCAUCUGCAAUAUCCUUUUCAACGACAACAGCAAUUUCAUCCUCCUUCAGCAGGAUUAGGAGUUUACCCACACAAUAAUGCAUCGUUUUUAGAUUCGAUUAUGAUGAUGAUUGAUAAUCAUCAAAAUCAUUACAGAGAUCAGAAUAUGAUGAGACUCGUCAAAAAUACUACUUCAACAACUCCAUUAUCAACAACAGAUUUUUUCAAGGGAUCAUCAGAAGCACAAACACAAGAAUCACAGAGCGAUUCUGGUUCAUCAACUGUUGUUGAUUUAAAAAUCAACCAACCCGAUAGAGAACUCCUUGAUCUUAACAAACCUCCUCCACCUGAAGAAAUCGUUUUUUAAUUAUUUAAAUCUCUUCUCAUUUCAUAUCUUGUUGAAUCAGAAAAAGUAAAAUGAUUAAAAUCAAAAUUAAAUUGAGAAAGAAAUUUUGAACAGUUUUCUGAUUUUGAUUGUCCAAUUUCUUUUUGUAUAAGAAGAUGACUCUGUAAAUAUAUUGAAUCACUUCAUUUUUGCCUUUUGAGUUUUGGAAAAGCAAAUCAAUAUACAAUGUUUGAAUUUACGAAGAACAUCAAUCUGGGUUCUAAUUAAAUUUGUUAGUUGGAGCUGAAUUUGGAUCAUCAGAUUGACCAAGCAAACUCAGAAUUGAU